AUGUACGCUUCCGACAAGGGCAUCGAGGAACAUCCAGAAUGGUACGAGAACUUGAUGAGAGGCUCUUCCUUCGAGGACUUCCAGGCCCACCUCUGGCGACACUGGGAGAAGGCCAGCUGCGAGAGGCCGUGCAGAGCCCCGCUGAAGAAGGGGCUCUCGGUGUUCUGCUGGACGCUCGCGCGCAGCACCAACUACGAGGCGGAUCUGAUGGCGAAGCAGCUGGAGCUGGGCGCGGGGAUCUUCGGCUGCGACGGCUUCGCGGUGCUCAGCGAGCAGGAGUGGACCGUCGGAGCAGGGUCUGGUGGAGAGGUGGCCGCGCUGACCUUCCAGGGCGCUGCGGUGGGCACCUCCAAGGACGGCACCGCCGGCAACGCGGCCCUGUUCAUGCGUGCGUGGCAGGCGGUCCUGCGCAGGACGGCGGCCCUCAGCUUCGACUGGACUGUGAAGGUGGACCCAGACUCAGUGCUCUUUGCGGACAAGCUCCGAGAUCACCUGAAGGAGGCGGAGGUACGUGGAGCGAACAAAGUUAAGCAAUUGAAGAACGCAGCAACCUUCAUCAGGAAUUGCAACGCGUACCCAGGAACAGACGGUUUCCCGGCCAUGUUCGGCGCGUUGGAGGUGGUAUCCAGACAGGCCGUCAAGGUGUAUCAGGAUGGAGCGUCGAGAUGCAAGGAGGAGCUGGAUUGGGAGGCGUGGGGCGAGGACCUCUUCCUCAGCCAGUGUCUUUCCCACCUGGGCGUGCCCCCGAUGGAUGAUUUCUCCAUCACCAGCGACGGCACGUGCACCAAGGUCGACGAGCACGUCGAGGUCGACUGCAGCGCCUCCUGGCCUGCCGCCUUCCACCCGUUUAAGACUGCUGACGACUGGGCGGCCUGCUGGCGCCUGGCCGCCCCAUAA